CAAAUGUCUCUAUGGCUGCAAACUCACAGGUCCUUCAGGUUCAUUUUCAAGCCCAUUCUAUCCUUCAAACUACCCAAAGAAUUCUUACUGUGUUUGGGAGAUAGAGGUAGAGGAAAGACGUCAUGUAGAACUCAGAUUUGAAGAUUUCAGAGUGGAAAUUACCAGGUUCUGCACACUUGACUAUGUGGAGAUCUUUGAUGGCCCGUUUUCAACAUCCACUUCGUUUGGAAAAAUUUGUUGGAAUCCACGAAAGAGAUACUUAUCCUCAACAAAUAAAAUGAGAAUUGUAUUUAUAAGUGAUUCUAGCAUAAGUGAAAAAGGCUUUCUUGCACACUACCGAGAAGUGCCUCCAAGACAAACUGUGAUUACAACCUUGCCACCACCACCACCACCACCAACUACCACAAUGGCCACUAUAGCCACUCUUCCGGAUGAUACCACAGAUUUUGUAACACUUACUUGCUAUACGGAAUACAUGAAGGCAGUUAUUGGGAAACAAUAUCUCAUUUCAAAGGGCUGCCUUGACUGUAAUUUGUACAUAAGCGAAGCCACCUGUACACCUGAUAUUUCAAAAGAUAAAUUUACAUUCUAUAUACCAUAUGAUGGUUGUGGAACCAAAAGAGAGAAUUAUGGGAAGAUAAGCACUUUCACCAAUAUUGUCAACAGCACUGGGGAUGGCGUAAAUCCUCAGUUUCGAUUCAUCUGUAAAAUGGAGCCCAGAAAAAAUAUGGAAGUCACCCACAACAUUGAUGAAUUUGAACACUCAAAGCAAGGGCCAAAAUUUCAUAUGGAAUUUUUAUUUUAUGAGUCACCUUUCUUUAAGCAGCCAAUCAAUAACAUGGGUUACUUUAUGAACGUGAACCAGAAUGCAUACAUCCAAGCCACACUCUACAGCUUUAAUAUAAAUCAGAUAUUAUUCAUAGACUCUUGUGUGGCAUCCCCUAAUCGUUACGACUUCAAAACUGAAACUUAUGUCAUGAUAAAUAGAGGAUGCAAAAUGGAUAGAACUUACCAACUUUUUUCUUCAAGGAACAGGAGAAGCAUUAGCUUCAGAUUUAAAUCUUUCAUAUUGAACAACAACUAUUCCACAGUAUAUAUUCGCUGCAAGAUUUUUGUGUGCAAAGCACAGGAUUAUUCCUCUCGUUGCUACCAAGGCUGCUAUAAAAAUAAUAGAAUAGCAUGAAACUAAUUUUUCUAGGCUUAUCAUGCUUACCAAACGAAUAGCAGCUUGAAUGUAAUCAAAUACACAAUUUUGUCUUAUCUUGCAAAUCUUUCUCAAUAAUGACAAUUUUUCACAUGCAGAAUUGAACUAUUCAAUGUUUAAAUGUUCUCGCUGUUGUGCUUUUAUCUAUCGUCCUCAUUCCUGCCAUCUGGUACACUUUGAUUUGAUGUGGGGACAUUUACAACUUUUGUGCCUGAAUUCAUCAUACUUAAUUAGUUUAACAACCUAGCAAAAUAAAUAAAGAGAA